AUGAGUAACAAUAAUAAAGAAACUAUGACAAAAAAACAACAAGAUGACCUUACUUCAUCAUUUAAUAAUCUUCCCUGGGGACUCCCAUUGGGUUUUCCAUCAUUAUCACCAUUUGGUGCAUUUCCAACAUUUGGUUUACCAACACCAAAUUUUUCUCCAUUGAACAGUUUUGCAUCAUCAUCAACGACUGCUUUUCCUCCUCCACCUUCACUUCUAUCGAAUGAUUCUACAAAUCCAUCAACAUCAACUGAUAUAUGGUCAAAUGGUUUAUCAACUACAAAUAAUCCAAUUGAUUAUAACGAAUAUGCUAAACAACUAGGUUUUCUUAUGAAUGCAUUUACUGAACAACAACAACAACAACAACAACAACAACAACAAGAAGCAGAUAAAACAAAAGCUUCACCUACAAUAAAACAUUCAAAAUCUAAACAAUCUCAUACAUCGUCACCUGAUGUUAUUAAUGGUAAAAAACAUGAUGAUUCACGUCGUUCAUCAUCCUCAACAAAAUCUUCAUCACGUUCAAAAUCAUCAUUAAAUCCAACUUCUAAUCUAUCAUCUUCAAGUAAAACAUCUACAACAACAGAUUCUACUAUGCUUGAUCCAUUAGCAUUUGCUGCUGCAGCAGCUGCUGCAAGUGGUGGUCUAACAUUUCCUUAUUUUCUUCCAUCAUUACUUUCACAAACACCUUCGACAACUAAUAAUAAUAAUAAUCCUUCAACAUAUCCAUUUUCAAGUUUAGCAACAUCAUUAACAAAUCCAACGGCUGGACUUUAUCCAUUUUUAUCACCUGAUUGGUUUACAUCAGCAACAACAUCAGCGUCAUCAUCACCAUCUAUUGGAAAUAUAACUCCUGAUUUAAAACAAUCAAAAAAACGUUCGAAAUCAAUUCGAACAUUAACUGAAGAACAAGAUAAAAAUUCUUCAAGUCUUCUUCAUUUAGCAUUAUCUGAUCCAACAAAUACAAAUGGUUUACGUAUGAGUCGUCGUAAUAGUACAAAUGAUACAACUGUUGAUGAUUCACGAUCAAAUGAUGAUGAUGAUUCAGAUCCAAAUCCAAAACGUAAAAAACCUGACGAAGUUAAUGAAACACUUGUACGAAUACCAUUAAGUCGCGGAUGGAAACGUGUAACAAUUGUUCGAGCAAUAACACGAACAGGUGUACGUGGUGAUGUUUCAUAUUAUGCACCAUGUGGAAGAAAAUUACGUUCAUUUCAAGAAAUUGAUCGAUAUUUAUCAAAAAAGAAUAUCACAGAUUUGGAUCGAUCACAUUUUACAUUCAGUUCAAAAGUUCAUAUAGGAUUUUUUCAUGAACCAAAAGAAGGUCCAGACGGAAAAACUAUAUUUCAUGAAUCAACUGAAGAUGAAAUUGUUAAUCGUAUUUUGGAAAUUAACCCUAAAUUUCGUCGAAUUGAAACAAGUUCAAGUCCUUGUUUAACAUCAAGUAAUGGUACAAAUGAGCAUCAUGAUGAUCAUAGAAAACUUCGUUUAGAACAAGAAGAAAUAUCUAAACGAGCAGCUGAAAUAAAAACAAAACGUGAUGCUAUGCGUUUAACACGUAAUAUAUCAAAUGAAAGUACAAAAACGCCAGAAACACAAUAUCAACAUAAUGAUUUUAUUAAAGCAAUUAUUGAACAACAAAAAUUAGUUCAACAACAAGAACUUGAACAUAAACAAAAAUUACAACAAGAACAACAAGAACAAGAACGUAAACGUCAAGAACUUGCAUAUUUAAAACAACUUGAAUUAAAAAAACGUCAAGAAGAAAAACUUCUAUUAAUCGAACAACGUAAAGCAGAAAAGAAUGCACAACGUGAAAAGAAAAUUCAAGAAAAAUAUAUGGAAAUAGUCCUUGCAAAAGAAAUGAAACGCAUUACUGAAGAUAUGCAAUUAAGAGAUCUAAAGCCACUUCCAAUAUUAAAACCAGUUGAAAAUAUGCGCUUAUCAAUUGAAGCAUUUGCCAAUUGUUUAAUGAUUAUUGAAUUUCUUAAUAAUUUUAAACAUAUUCUUAAUAUUCCUGAUAAUUUAAUUCCAACAUUAAAUAGUUUACAACAAUCAUUAUUAAAUUCUUCAUCAUCAAGAGAUUUAAAUUCACUUUGUCAAAUAUUACUUCGUAUUGCAUUAGAAGAUCCUGGCAUUCCAAAUCCGAAAAAAGCUUUAACUAAUCUUGGACAAAAAUUAUCUGAAAUUGAUAUAACUGAACAUACAUUUAGUGAAAUUUUACGCAUAUAUAUACGAGAACGAAAUGGUUUUGAUGAUAAAUUAAGUCAAAGUUUAUCGGAUACAUCAUUUCAAGUAUUAAUAUGUGAUGAAAAAGCUGAAAUUUUAGCUUUUCUAUGUAAUGAUUUAUCAACGAAUAAACGUGUUGUUGAUGAAAUUGAUCGUAAUCUUGAAGAAUUAAUUAGUUUAAAACAUGAAAAAUGGGAAAUUGAAAAACGUUUACGUCGUUUAAAGUUUGAAAAAUAUAAUAAUACAAAUAGUAAUUCGAAUGUAAAGAAAAUGGCAACAUUAUUACGAGAAAAAGAUUUGAACAGUUCAGACAAUGAAAGUCCAGAUGAUAGUGAUGGUGAAUCUAUGAAAAAUGAUGAAGAAACAUCAAUAACAAAUGAUCCAGCAACAAUAACAGCUGAUGAUCAAGAUAUUGAAACACUUGAUGAAACAAAAAUAGACGAUAUUGAUAAACGUUUAGUACUUGUUACAAGAAAAUAUAUUCUUAUUAAACGUCGUGUUAUUGAUAAACAAUGUCAUAUACGUGCAUUACAUCUUGGACAAGAUCGUUAUCGUCGUCGUUAUUGGUAUUUUUCACAUUUACCUGGAAUUUAUAUUGAAGGUCUAACGUCAGGUGAUAUAUCAUCAGAUGAUAUACAAAAUAUUAUUGAAAAUGUAACUAAACAAAAACAUGAGAAUAAAUCAUCUAUGAUAAGUAAUGAAUGUAAUUCAUCAUCACGUUCAACACAACGUAAAAAACAACAAAUACGUUUAGCAAAUGUAACAUCACCACCGCCAUCAUCAUCAUCCCAACAACCGCAACCAUUAUCAUCAACAACAAAUUCCACUAUUGAACAAUCGCCUAUAAUUGAAUCAAAUAAAAUUAAAAAUGAAAAUAGUGAUAAUGAAGAUGACCAACAACAAAUAAAUACAACGAAUAAUAUUACAGAAGAUCUUGCUACUAUGGAUCUAUCCGCUUUUUGUAUGGCUGUUAAAAGAGACAAUGAUGUACAACAAAUUGUAACAAUCAAUGAAGAAAAACCUAUUACAAAUGGAACAUCAAAUAAUGUUGAAAUAAAACAUGAACCGAGUGAUGAAUUAAAUUCAAAACGUGUUGUUAAUGAAAUAAAUGAUGAUAAUCUUCCACUUGAUCUUUCAUGUUCAAAAUCAAAACGUACAUGUCAAGAUGAUUAUUGGACAUCACAACAUACACAAGCUGUAUAUCCAUUAACAUCUUCUAUAGAUCAAUUUCAAGAAUUAAAUGAUCUUGCUACAACCGCUAUGUUAAUAAAUAAUAUAAAACAAGAACAAACAAAUACAAAUCUAUCAAAAAAUAUUCUUGAUUUAACAAAUGUUAAUUUACAAAAUAUUAUUUCGAAUCAAUUAAUGUCAACAUUUAAUUUAUCAACACCAAUUAAACAAGAAUCAUCAAUGACUAAUUUUAAACAAAUCGAACAAUCAAUUCGAGAGAAAUUUCAAUAUCCACAACCGUUACCAAUUCCUGAUGAUGUUCAAUCUGGUUGGUGGUUAAUUCAAACACCUGAAGAAUUACGUACUCUAAUAAAAUCAUUAGCUAAACGUGGUCAACGUGAACGAUAUUUAUGUCGAAUGCUUCAACGUUAUUUUGAUGCUAUAACAAAUUCAAUGUUAGAUAUAAAGACUGAGAAUUCAUUAAUAUCAAUAGAAAAUGAAAAUGAAAGUGAAAAUGAUGAACAACAACAACAACAGCAACAACAGCAACAACAAACAUCAAAUGAUUUUAUUGAAAAUGAUAAUCAAAAUUUUGAUGAUACACAUGAAAUGGAUGUAUUAAAUGAAAUAUAUAAUUUAUCUGAUCGUAUUAUAGCAUCAAGUUUACAAUGUCGUUCAUAUGAUAUAAAUACAAAUCGUAAACGUUUAACAUAUACUGAUAUUCAAGCUAAAGGUUCGGAUAUUCUUGAUGAAGCUAAACAUUUAUUAACUGAUAUUGAACGUAAUAUUGAACGACGUUAUUUAAAAUAUCCAUUUGCACGUAAAUAUGAAUUGAAUUUAUCAUCAUUAAAUCGUAUUAAUCAACAUAGUACAUAUCAUCAUACAUUAGAAAAUUCAACAAAUGAAAUUGUUUCAUCAUCAAAAUAUGAUGAAGUACCACAACAACUUGAACGUUGGAGACGUACUGUUAAUGAAUCACGUACACCAGCACAAUUAGCAUUAUGUUUAACACAACUAGAACGUUGUAUUGCAUGGGAACGAUCAAUAAUGAGAGUUUAUUGUGAAAUAUGUAAUUCAGAUGUUGAUGAAGAAAAAUUAUUAUUAUGUGAUGGUUGUGAUCGUGGUACACAUACAUAUUGUUUUAUACCACCUAUGUCAUUUAUACCACCAAAUGAUUGGUAUUGUUAUGUUUGUAUUGGUAAAGCAAAAGGUGAAAACUUAUGUUUUGUUUGUGGUAAUAAAGGUGAUAAUCAAUUAAAUCGAUGUGAACAUUGUGGAAAAUUAUUUCAUGAAGAAUGUUUAAAAAAUGCUAAACAACAACGUGGAAAAUGGUUAUGUGUAUUAUGUGCAGCUAAUGAUAGUAGUGCUUUAAUAGCAACAUUAAGUGCUGGAAAUAAUAAUACGAAAUGGCAAAUGGGUCGUCAAACAUUUCGCUCAACGAAUACAUCAGCUAAUGCAACAAGUAAUUCAACAUCGAAAUCUCGUCAACCGUCAAUUAGUUCAACUAGUUCGAUAACAAAUACCAAUGGAGAAUCAACAAAUAAUUCUUCUUCAUCUAAUCGUAAUCGUUCGAAUAAUAAUCGUAAAUCAAAACCUCGUAAUAGCUCAAAUAAUACGGAAAUUUCCAUUUUACAAGAAUCUCAUUCAAAUUCAUCUCAUACAGACGCAAUAACAAUGAGUAGUCUUAAUGAAUCAUCAUCUAUUCAAUCACCAUCUAAUACUGCUGAUAUUGAUGAUGAUAUUCCUUCUCCAACAAUGGGUGGUACAACAAAUUCAACGAAUAAUUCAAAGAAAAAAACUUCUCGUAAAUCGAAAUCAAAUGCAGAUAAUAAUGAUAUAAAAGCUUGCAGAAUAAUUUUGAAUGAAUUAUUAAAAAAUGAUGCAUCAUGGCCAUUUCAAACACCAGUUGAUGCAAAACAACAUCCUGAAUAUUAUGAAUGUAUAAAAACUCCAAUGGAUUUUUCUACAAUGAAAAAGAAAAUGCGUAAUCAUCAAUAUACAAAACGUGAUGAAUUUUUUAAUGAUGUACAAUUAAUAUUAAAUAAUUGUGAAUAUUAUAAUGAAGAUGAUAGUCCAGUUGGUGAAGCUGGUCAUGUUUUACGAACAUUUUUUGAAACACGAUGGGCUAAACAAUUUGGUUAA